AUGCAGCAGAGUACGCCCCCACGCACAGCCAGCAAGCAGUGUGCUCCGCGCCAAGGCAGGCGGGUGAGCGCCCUGGCAGAUGCGUAUGGACGGACCAUCAAGCAUGCGCUGCGGGGCGCCGAUGAGGAGCAAUUCGCCGAGUGUUUUCCAAACAUUCAACCCGAGCUCCUGGAGAUCCUCUGGCAAGGCUAUCGCCAGGUCCUGCAUGGAUCCCGAGUCCACAUCGAGUCCGACUUCGACGCCAUCUGCGAGGAGACGGCGCUGACAGAUAAGCUGCACCAGCUGGAGGAGCUGUGCGAGGCUCAGGGCGUGUCGGAUGACCCUCACGCCAGGCAAGCGGCUGGGUCUCUGUCAGGAGAGGAUCGCCCCACGCGGGCCGUGCGGGCCGCGCUGCACGCCGCGCGACGGGCCGAGGCCGAGCAGCUGGAGUCCAUCCUGGCGCGCGCGGCGGCCCGUCGGGAGGCCCUGGAGGCGCAGCUGGCGGCCCGGGUCGCGGAGCUGGAGCUGCGGGCCAACGCGCUGCGCCCGCUGGCCGCGCUGGACACCAACGUGUCCCGGGCCUGCCUGGCCUGGGAGUCUCACAAGCUCCAGGCUGCUGCGGAGGCCUGA